ACAAACACCCACGAAGAAGAAGAAAUACAGACACAAAUCAAACCGUCCCUUUCGUCGAGGUUAAUCGAAAGCUAUGAUUUAGUUUGAUCUUUUAUAAAGCGUAUGGAGAUUAUUUCCGGAACAUACCCAAACUCUGCUGGUGUUGUGCUGCUAAAUGGAGUCUGAGCAGUUGUUCAACAGGGGCUACGGCAGAAACAGCUACAACAGCAUCACCAGCGCCAGCAGUGACGAAGAGCUCCUUGAUGGAGCCGGAGUCAUCAUGGACUUCCACACCACUGAGGACGACAACCUGCUGGAUGGAGACGCCUCUCCAGGAUCGAACUACGCCAUGACUAACGGGGGUGGAGGAGGGGGAGGAGCCAGUAGCUCCACCCACCUGCUGGAUCUGCUGGAAGAGCCCAUUCCAGGAGUGGGGACCUACGACGACUUCCACACCAUCGACUGGGUCCGAGAGAAGUGCAAAGACAGAGAGCGGCACCGCAAGAUAAACAGCAAAAAGAAGGAGUCAGCAUGGGAAUUCACCAAGAGUCUGUACGACGCCUGGUCCGGCUGGCUGGUGGUCACACUGACAGGACUUGCAUCAGGAGCAUUAGCUGGCGGGAUCGACAUCGCCGCCGACUGGAUGAACGACCUGAAGGAGGGCGUGUGUCUCAGUGCCAUGUGGUUCAAUCACGAGCAGUGCUGCUGGGGCUCCAACAAGACCACCUUCGCCGAGAGAGACAAGUGUCCUCAGUGGAAGACAUGGGCCGAGCUGAUCCUGGGUCAGGAAGAGGGUCCCGGCUCGUACAUCAUGAACUACUUCAUGUUCACCUUCUGGGCUUUGUCUUUCGCUUUUCUGGCCGUGUCUCUGGUGAAGGUGUUUGCGCCGUACGCCUGCGGCUCGGGAAUACCUGAGAUUAAAACCAUCCUGAGUGGCUUCAUCAUCCGCGGGUACCUGGGCAAGUGGACUCUGAUGAUCAAGACCAUCACUCUGGUUCUGGCCGUUGCGUCGGGGCUCAGUCUGGGGAAGGAGGGUCCACUGGUUCACGUGGCCUGCUGCUGCGGGAACAUCUUCUCAUAUCUCUUCCCCAAAUACAGCAAGAACGAGGCCAAGAAACGAGAGGUUCUGUCGGCGGCGUCGGCUGCUGGUGUUUCUGUGGCUUUCGGGGCUCCGAUUGGAGGAGUUUUGUUCAGUCUGGAGGAGGUGAGUUAUUACUUCCCUCUGAAGACUCUGUGGCGAUCGUUUUUCGCUGCUCUGGUGGCUGCGUUUGUGCUGCGCUCCAUCAACCCGUUCGGCAACAGUCGUCUGGUGUUGUUUUACGUGGAGUAUCACACGCCCUGGUACCUGUUCGAGCUCUUCCCCUUCAUCCUGCUGGGGGUCUUCGGAGGAUUAUGGGGCGCGUUCUUCAUUCGGGCAAACAUCGCCUGGUGUCGCAGACGCAAGUCCACUCGCUUCGGCAAGUACCCAGUGCUGGAGGUGAUCACGGUGGCGGCGAUCACAGCGAUCGUGGCGUUCCCGAACCCGUACACCCGUCAGAACACCAGCGAGCUGAUCAAGGAGCUGUUCACAGACUGUGGGCCGCUGGAGUCGUCUCAGCUCUGCCAGUAUCGCAGUCUGAUGAACGGCAGCCAGGCCGACCCCACAGGCCCCGACGCCGCCUCCGCCGCCACACCAGGGGUCUAUUCAGCCAUGUGGCAGCUCAGCCUCGCGCUCAUCUUCAAAAUCAUCAUGACCAUCUUCACCUUCGGCCUCAAGGUGCCGUCGGGUCUCUUCAUCCCCAGUAUGGCCAUCGGGGCGAUCGCGGGCAGGAUUGUGGGCAUUGCAGUGGAGCAGCUGGCGUAUUAUCAUCACGACUGGUUUGUGUUCAGAGAGUGGUGUGAGGUCGGUGCCGACUGCAUCACGCCGGGACUCUACGCCAUGGUGGGAGCCGCCGCAUGUCUGGGUGGUGUGACACGCAUGACUGUGUCUCUAGUGGUCAUUGUGUUCGAGUUGACGGGUGGUCUGGAGUACAUCGUCCCGCUGAUGGCCGCUGUGAUGACUAGUAAAUGGGUGGGUGACGCGUUCGGCCGCGAGGGCAUUUAUGAAGCCCACAUCCGCCUGAACGGAUACCCUUUCCUGGACGCUAAAGAGGAGUUCACGCACACCACGCUAGCCAGAGAAGUGAUGCGUCCGCGGCGCAGUGACCCGCCGUUAGCCGUUCUAACACAGGAUGACAUGACGCUCGCCGAACUGCAGGGCAUCAUCUCUGAAACCAGCUACAACGGCUUCCCCGUCAUCGUCUCCAAAGAGUCCCAGAGGCUGGUGGGAUUCGCCCUGCGCAGGGACAUUACCAUCGCUAUAGAAAACGCCCGGCGGAAGCAGGAGGGCAUCGUGCUGAACUCGCGGGUGUAUUUUACCCAGCAUGCCCCGACGCUCCCCGCCGACAGCCCGCGGCCGCUGAAGCUGCGCAGCAUUCUGGACAUGAGCCCGUUCACCGUCACCGAUCACACGCCCAUGGAGAUCGUGGUGGACAUUUUCCGCAAGCUGGGCCUGCGCCAGUGCCUCGUGACCCAUAAUGGGAUUGUAUUGGGCAUCAUCACAAAGAAGAAUAUUUUAGAGCAUCUGGAAGAGAUCAAGCAGCACGUGGAGCCCUUGACGCCUCCUUGGUAUUAUUACAAAAAAAGAUAUCCUCCGUCAUAUGGCCCAGAUGGCAAACCAAGACCCCGAGUCCAUAAUGUUCAACUAGCACCCUCCUCGUCCCGUUACCAGGAGGACGAAAGCGAAGAGGAGGUUCGAUUACUGGACAAUUCAUCCCUCUGACCACACGCCCCCUACAGUUUCCCAAAACUUGAAAAAAAACCAAACACUACUCCAGAUGGGAAGCCCGUCCUGGACACG